AUGUAUGUGGUCUAUGGUACUGAAGCCUUUUCGGAAACCGGCUUGUUCGGGAGGCUGGAAGUCGUCGAGUCUGCGUGCGAGACGAUUCGUAAUGACUCUCGAAAACAGCACGUAGACGCGGCUCAGAAGGGAAAUCGGUCUGUAGUUCUUCAAGAGAGCGUUGUCGCCUUUCUUAAAGAACAAGACCACCGCACUUCUGCUCCACGCCUCUGGAGUAGUGCCACCAUGGAGGACGGAAUUGAAGAGCUUCUGAAGGACUUCAAGUACCGGUGUUCCACCCGCUUUCAGAAGCUCCGCUGUAAUUCCAUCCUCGCCUGGGGCCCUGCCGUUUUUAAGGUGCUGGAGAGCCAUUCUAAUCUCGCUUAG